UUAACUGUUGGAAAUGAGCUAGAAUUGCCAUUAAUUCUUCAUUAAUAUGAUAUUUAACUUGAAUAAGUACUAAUGGGCAUAAUACAUAAAUUUAUAAAACAGAAACAAGUAUACCUAUAAAUAACGUUCAAACUGUUGAACAUUUUAUAUUUAAAAAUGAACUCAUUAAGUUUCUUGGUUGUUAUAAGUGGUUUUUUCUACUUAACUGUUGGAAAUGAGCUAGACUGUGGACUUAAUGAAAUAGUAAACAAAUGUGCAUCAAUGUGCGUAGGUGAACCCACAUGUCGGAUCCCGAAUCCUACCCAAGCACCUGGAACCGCUUGCAUAACGUUGUGUGUAAAAAGAUGUGAAUGUGACGCAAAAAAUGGUUGGAUUCGAGCUACUUCUAAGGGUCAUUGCAUUAAAAAAGAUGCUUGCAAAUCUGUAUGUCCAAAACAUGAAGAGAAGGGAUGUGCUCCAUGUUUUCCUGAUCCAACCUGCCAGAACAGGAAACCUAGCAUCCCUGAUGAUUGGAGUUGCCCAAAGAUAUGUAUUUUAACGUGUAGAUGUAAAAAGGGAUUAAUCAGAGAUACUUCAACUUCAAAGUGUGUACCAGUAGAACUGUGCCCAAAACCAAAUUGUUAAAAUUCUAUUUUCGCUGUAAAUAUUAUUUAGAUAUACUUUUUUAAAUAAUUGAAUAAUCAUGUAAUGUUUUACUCUUUUCUUAAUUAAAUUUUUAUCUCUUGA